AUGUCCGACUCUGACCACGAGAUUGAGAUGACGCUCGGCGUCGCCGGGACGCUCGGCGCCGGCGACGCCGCGGGCGCUGUUGCUGCUAGCACCGGUUCUCCCGCCCCCGGCGCAGCUACGGACGACCUCGCAUUCAUCCAGAGCCUGGUGGAGCAGGGCGCUGUCGUCGGCGCCCUCCCGCCCGUGACGAUGAGCGCGGCGGAGAAGCGCGCGCUCGUUGAAGCCGAGAUGGCCGGCGCCAUCCACCCCGCCACCACUUCCCCCGCGACCACUACCUCCGCCGCCCCCGCCACUGCCGCCGCCGACGACGAGAUGGACUCGGAGUCGAGCUCCGAGUUCGAGUCCGACGACGACGACAACGCCGCGCCCGUGACCCGCGCACAGCUAGACGCGCUCAUCGACACCUCUUCCGAUGAAGAUGACGACGACGACUACGACCUCAGCGGCAAGCUCGGUGCGUUCGGGAUGGAGGUGAUCGACGACGACGACGAGCCGUCCGCCAUCACGAGCGCGCAUGAGGUCGCGCUGCCCCCGGUUCCGCAGCCGCCUGUGGCGCACCUCGGCGCGGAUGUGCGUCUCGUGCUCGCUGGCGAGGUGGUUAGUUGGAUGAAGGAUUCGAAGCUGGAGGCGUGGCGGGCGCGGGAGGAGAAGGGGGAGGAAGAGGGGGAUGGCACGGAGGAUGUGGAGGAGGAGGGCAAGGAUGUCGACGGCAAGGUCGAGGCCACCGAGGCCGCGGACGUGCAGACCGAGGCCGUUGAGAGCAAGGCCGAGACCGAGCCCGUCAAGUCCGAGACGACCGAAGUCGCGCCCGCCGAGUCCGAGUCGACUGCAGUCGCCACGGAAGCUACGGCUGAGCCCAGCGCCGCCGAUGUCGACAUGGCGCCCGCCGCACCCGCCGAGCCUACCACCUCCCCCACAUCACCCUCCUCCGCACCCCCCAAAUUCCUCUCCGCCGGCACGGUCGUCGUGCGCGCCUCCUACGCCGACGGGUGGCUGGAAGCCGACUCGGUCCUUACAACGUCCUCGGGCGCAGUCCUCGGCACGAUCUUCGACACGUUCGGACCCCUUACCUCGCCAUUCUACCUGCUGCGCCUGCCGCCCCCGCCGUUCCCCUACCCGUCCUUGGCGGCCGGCGACCGCGUCUACGUGCCCGCGGACGCGCGCUACCGCACCUUCGUCGACAUGGCGGCGGUGCGGGACCCGCGGUUCCGCAGCGACGCGUCCAACGUCUUCGACGAGGAGAUCGGCGACGACGAAGUCGAGUGGAGCGACGACGAGGCGGAGGCCGCCGCCCGCCGCCGCAGGAAGGGCAAGAAGCGUGUGCCGCACGCCGACUCUGCCGCCGACGAGGGCGAGGUCGGCGCGCGCCGCCUCGUGAAUUACGGCGAGGAGCGGCGCGGGCGCGGACGCGGGAGGGGAGGACCGGGGCGCGGACAGGGCCGCCCCAUCGCCGGGGCCGGGCGCCCCAUGCACGCCCUCCCCCCGCGCCCGGACUUCGGGUAUCAGAACCAACACCAGAACCAGAACCAGAACCAAACCCAAAACCAGAACCAGCAAGGAUACAUGCCGUAUGCGCCGGCCGCGUACGAUCCCUCGCAGGCCAGCUUGGGCUUGCCGUCGAUGCCCCAGAUGCCCCAGCAGGCGGGGAUGGGCUACGGGAUGCCCAUGGGAGGCAUGGGCGGCAUGCCGAUGGGAUACCCCCAGUUCGGGCAGCAGUUUGGGCAACAGUUCGGACAACAGCAACAGCAGCAGCAAGGAGGCAACGCGCCGGCGAUCAACCCGCGCUUCGCCGCCAUGAUGGGCAUGGGCGGCAUGGGAAUGGGAGGGUACUGGCCGCAGGGCAACCCCGGUCCCGACAACCAGCAGCAGUAGCCAGAUUGUACUCGUACUCGGUACCUUGCAGCAUACUUUAGUUGUGACAGCCCACGGGCCAUGCAUCCCUGAC